AAUCCUCAUUCUUUCUCUGAAACUUCCCCUGGCUGCGAGCUCUUACAGCUUCCCCAGCUGGCAGGUCCCACUGCAGUGUUCCGGGACGCCCCGCAGACAAGUGUUCUCUGUGUGGUACAAUAUUGUCCCACAGGAAAAGAAGAGACUCUCACGGGUUAAUACAUCCGCCAGCGUCUCCUGUUGCAGUUUAAGCUCCGAAGGGGGCGGUGACAGGGUAAGGAAGAGGAAGGGACCUAAGAAGAGGGCGUCAGUGCUGCAUGACCAGAUGUGUGGCCGGAAGGAGGAGGAGGCAUUGUGGAAGGAGGGUGGAAGACAGCGGUCAUUGGCUCCAGGUCUUGAAGGCAGCCUCCUGCUGUGGCCUCCCAGGAGUUCAAGGUGGUAUUUUAGAAGUCAAGGUCAAAUGGCUUAUACUAAUUUGAAAAGUGCAAUCUUGAAAAACAACUGGGUGUCCCAACCUCUCCCAGGUUUUUUGUUGUUCAGAAAUAAGUGAGAAAAUCAUAUUCCAGAGGUCUGAAAAUUGUAACAUCUCCAGCUCCUUCUAAUUCUGACCCCAUCUCCUGUUGCGUCAUCCACCUCCUUGGAUCGCCUAUUCCAUAUAAGGAGAUGGGGAGUGGGUGUCCAAAUAUUUGUGCUCUGGGUCCUUGUCUUCUUUGCAAACCCCCUUAUGUGCUGUGUGAGUGCGCAUCAUUGCUGCCAACCAGCACCCAUUGCCCAGCCCCUUGCCAGGGACCCCUCCUCGCUGGACACUCCAGCCCUCGGUGCCUGGGCUCACAGUGGUCUGCCCUCUCUAUCGGGGAGCUUAUAUCCUUGUUCCUUUCUAUGGGCCUCCAGCCCUCUGCUGCUCCAUAGUGCGCCACAGCCUAUCUGAGUGCUUGGAUCCUGGGCUCACCGGGGUCCAUCCUGUCAGUUGAGCUGCUGCUGUUCUCAAGUGCACGGUACUCUUGCUCUCUGUUAGUGGCCGGUUCCCCAGGUGCACGGUGCUCCUGCCUCUCUCAUGAGGCCGAUCUCACUGAGCUGAGGGGUCUUCUGUCUCAGCUGGGGUGUGGGAAUAAUGGGAUCUCAGGGGACUGGCCAGGCUAGUCACUUGUUUACUUGGGACAGGAUCCUGUUGGAUUUAACUCCUGCAAGAUCUUGCAGUGAGAUGUACAUCUGGUUCCCAGAAAAUGUGGAUGAACUUUGGACUGUGUCCAUUGCCUGACACGUGGGAGCUCAUUCCUAAGCCCUUGUGCUUCUGCUGGUGGUGAAACAGGAAGCCAGUAGUUUCAGUAUGGGCUGCUGAACAUCCUAUAUUUUUUUAAGUUAGUCAGGCUUGGGUUGAAGUGGACGCCAGGCAGAGUAGAGCAGAAAAGACAUGAGGUCAAAACUACCUUUUUGUCACUCCUGCAGGUGGAGCAGUUUCAUGAGCCAUUAGAUCACCUUGUUCCUUAAGCCAAUUCCAGGUGGCUUUUCCACACUUACAGCAUACAAGUCCUCACUGUCAAGGUCACCCUCCUACCCACUGGUUCUGGAUUCAGAUGUUACACCAGGCAGUGUUCCCUGAGCCCUGUCAGGGGUGUCAUCCUUGGGGAGGCAGCCACACCUCCGGCACCUGGCACCCUUCCUGCAAGCACAAGGCCUGGCACGUGGCCAGCACAGGGCCAGCAUGUGCUCAGUGAACAAGUGCACCUUUCCUGUCUCCCAGAGGAGACCCAGGCCUCUGUCAAGGAUGCCCCAGAAAUGCAGGAGUCCCACGAAAGCCUGGGAGGAUGAAAAGGUGUGUGUGACUGAGGCCACGGGGUACUGAGGAAGCCCCAGAACCAGCAAGGGUGUAGGGACACAGAGCACAGGGACUGACCACAGCCUCUCACUCCUCAGUUGCUUAUUUUAUUAAAACUUGAUUCUAGAAUGGUUCCAAGUCUACAAAACUUGUGAAGAAAGUACCAAGUAGUACAAAGAAAAACGUGAAGUAGUACAAAGUACAGCUUCCCCAAUGGUAACAUCUUAGUAUGAGAUAUUUGUGACAAUCGAUAAACCACAGCAAGCACCCCUACUAUCAACACCUCCUUGCAGUAUAAUAUAUUUUUCACAGUUAACCACAUCCAGUUUCCCCCAUCCUUUUAAUCCAGAGUCCCUCUAUCUGCCUCAUCCUUCCCAGCCUCCAGUAAUCAACAUUCCCUCUCAUUUCUAACAACACAGAUGAACACGGAGGACACUGUGGGCAGUAGCACGUGUGCAGGGGCACCCAGCGGUCACUCUGGACAUCGAGAUUCAGACACAGAAGUCCCUCAUGGCUCCUUAUCACAUCCGGAUAUACCAGGAGAGAGACCGCAAAAGUGUCCUGGCCUUGUUCUCCCAGGGGAUGGAGGAGCACAUUCCCAGUACUUUCCGCCUCCUGCUGAAGCAGCCCAGAACCCUCCUGCUCUUACCUGGGGUCCCCCUCGGCCUCCUUCUGCUCUCUGGCUCCUGGCUCCUCGCGCUCCUGGCCAGCCUCGCCAUCCUCGUGGUCCUGAGGUUUGCUGCCUCCUAUCCCUGGAAGAAGUACGUGGCCCUCAGCCUGCGGACAGACAUGGCCGACAUCACGAAAUCCUACCUGCGUGGGAGUGGCUCCUGCUUCUGGGUGGCUGAGUCUGAGGGGCAGGUGGUGGGCACGGUGGGAGCUCUGCCCGUGCAGGAUCCCACCUUGCGGGAGAAGCAGCUGCAGCUCUUCCACCUGUCUGUGGCCUUGGAGCACCGGGGUCGGGGGAUAGCAAAAGCCCUGGUCAGGACGGUCAUCCAGUUUGCCGGGGCCCAGGGCUAUAGUGAGGUUGUCCUUGACACCAGUAUAGUGCAAACUGCCGCCCUGAGCCUCUACCAGGGCAUGGGCUUCGAGAUCAAGCGCCAGCACUACUUCAACGUGAGUGCGGGGCUGGUGGAUUUUUCUACUCUUUGUUUAGUCUACCGCCUGCCUUCUGCUCAGGGGGGCAGCCUGUGAUCCAUUUUCUGUGUGGGAGCAGAUCGAUUCUGCUGUGGUCACCAGCAAACCCUGAUGCCUCGGUGCCAUCAACAAUAAAAGCUCUUUGAUC